CCAUGGUCUGCAGAUGGUCAUGGCUCCCGUUCUGCUCCUUGCUUCUUGCUGCCUCGACCGCCGCUGCCUACGAAGUUCCAAUAUCCGACACCGACUAUGACCGCCAGAUAUGUUCCGGCAUGUGGGGAGGCAAGAACACGUAUAUUAACGUAACUUUCGGUUCGUCCUCACAAGGCCAGCUCGCCACUGUCAUAUACGAAUGGGGGGAUGUAAGUUAUCUGGGAAAAGACACGUCGACGGACGAGGACUUGCCUCAGAAGACCUAUGUCUGCACGUCCAAUGCCAGGAAGGCUGGCUUCUGUGACGCGUCCGAGGAGGGUCGCUUCAUCAUUAACCUACCAAGUGGCAAGUCCAUCAACGAGACCAGCUUCUGGUCAGCGCGAGUAAGCUUCUCCCAGGCCAACAACUCCGCCGAAGUUGGAUCAGAGGUGUCUGUCGGCGGCUUCUGGAACAAUCCCGCUGGAAAUCCGGAGGUCUCUGAAGAAGACGCGAAUUACACAUCGCCCUGGCGGAGGGAUACCGAACUGCAUGCUCGGCAGAACGGCGCAGCUCUGAAUCCGAGCCCUACGGCCAUCCUUGUUUACAAGGAGCCUAUUCAGUAUCUUGUCAGGAAGACAGGUUACUACUGCGUUGCUGUGGUUCCUAUAACUGUCAUGCCCGCUGGCAACUCCCCAAGACAAGCGGAGACUGAUGUUCCCUACCACCCCACAUACACCGGCUCUGUACUCUUCCGGAAUACCUUUGACGGCAAACUUCCUGCCUCUGACUACCCCAAAGUCAACUUCUACUUUGCAAUGUUCCUCGUGUACUCCACGCUGGCAAUCGCUUGGGGCUGGCUCUGCUAUCAGAAUGUACAGGACUUGCUACCCAUACAGUAUUACCUGUCCGGUCUUCUGGGUUUCUUGAUAAUUGAAAUGCUCGCAAACUGGGCCUACUAUCGCUACCUGAAUGCACACGGAGAAGGGACAGCGUCCACCGUGUUCCUCAUCGUCGUGGCCAUCCUCGACGCAGGUCGCAACGCACUCUCUUUCUUCUUGCUCUUGAUUGUCUCUCUUGGUCUGAGCGUCGUUAAAGAGUCUCUGGGUCGCGUUAUGCUUAGGUGCCAAAUCUUGGCAGGCGCACACUUCAUCUUCGGAGUCCUCUAUGCAGUCGGCAUCGUCGAGUUGGAGCUUGAGUCCAGCUCUGCAUUCGUCCUUCUCCUCUUCGUCAUUCCUUUAGCUCUCACUCUCAGCGGUUUCCUUCUCUGGAUCAUCUACUCCCUAAAUGCAACCAUCGCGCAGCUCGCCUCCAGGAAGCAGCACUACAAGCUGUCUAUGUUCACCUGGCUGCAUCGCAUCCUCUUGAUGACCGUUGUUGUCAUCGCCAUAUUCUUCGUUGUUUCGACUAUGACAUUCUCAGGGCGUCUCGCCGAAGACUAUGGCUCGAAAUCGUGGAGGUCCCAGUGGUGGCUGUUGGACGGCUGGCUGGCCCUCCUCUACCUCGUUGACUUCGUCGCGAUCGCGUACUUGUGGCGCCCUUCGCCGAACAACAGAAGAUAUGUCUUUCCGAUGUUCGACGAACUCGCACAAGACGAAGCCGAUGCAGAGGACUACGACCUCGAAGCUCUGGAGCGUCGGGGCGAACCCGGCUUCAAGGAGGACGACGAUGCUGCUACGCUUGUGGGCCGCGGCGUCGGCGAGGACGCCGUUGUGUUCGAGAUCGGUGACGAGGAUGCAGACGAGGAUGACGCUACCACGCCGAAAAAGCGUCGAGUAGAACAGCACGAUGGCGCAGAGCACGAGAGGCAGGGGUUGAUGAGGGACGAUUAG